CCACUCUGUGCACAGACGGAGCUUCCGGUUCCGGUCUGGUGGAUUUGGACUUCUGGUCCGGUAUCUUCUAAGGGACCGGAACUGGCCGUAUGCAGUUGAAUCUUAAUCUCCAGAUGGAACAUCGUAGGGUCGGAACAGAGAAAAGAAAAUGCAGUUCCUCUGCCAUGGUGACCGUGACAUUUCAUGAUGUGGCAGCGUGUUUUGAGGAGGAAGAUUGGGAAAUCAUGGAGGAAUGGCAGCGAGAAAUCUACAGAAAUGCAAUGAAGGAGAUUCACAGAGUCCUCCGAAACCUGGGGUACCGGAUCCUAAAUCCUGAUCUGUUGGUGAAGAUUGAGAAGUCAAUAGAAAAAAGAAGGAAUCAGAUCCCAUCAACAAGCAGUGCCGUGCUUGUGCCGGAUAUUCUGCUAAAGAUUGAGGAAGAGAAACAGGUUCUUGUGAAAUCGGUCUCUGACAGACCAGUCGGACGGACUGCACUUGAGUCCUCCAGAGGAAGCCGGGCCCGAAAAGCAGAGCACCCCAUGAAAGUGAAGCAAGAGGAUGAUAGUUGCUCCGAAACCGCCUUGGCAGAUAGAGGUACAUCUCCCAUUUCACACGAGCUGAUUGUGGUGGUUAAACAAGAGAGAGAGGAGGAGACCGAGCCGAAAGGCAAGCUGAAAGAGGAAGACGGAGUCAUCGAGGUUCAUAAUGAGGACAGUAUAGAUAAAACAGAGGAAAUUAAACAUGAACUUGGGAGUGAUGCCAGUAUGGAGAAUCCUUCAGUGGGAGAAAGUGGCAAAUUGUGUACCCAAGUGCCCCUAAUUGGCCCAGACGGAGACAAUAUGUUUGUAUUUACGGAGACUGGGAUCGCACUGAACCGGGCCCUUCCACAAGAGUACACGCUAGAAAAUGCCUUGGAGUUUGAGAAAUACCUGAGCAGUUUGGCCAACCCACCAUCUCUCAUGCUUCGGGAUCCCCAGAGACCUGGACGAAGUGAGUUUGAUCGGGGCUUCUAUGAAAACUACAGCGUUCACAGCAAACAGAGGCUGAUGCUAAUGGGUGAAAAACGCUACCGGUGUGCAGAAUGCGGAAAAGGUUUUACCAGGAACUCUCACCUAAAGGCUCACAAAAGAAUCCACACAGGGGAACGCCCGUUCAAGUGUAACGAGUGCAACAAAACCUUCAGUGAAAAUUCCCACCUCACCGUACAUCUCAGGGUCCACUCAGGAGAGAAGCGUUAUAAGUGCAACAUGUGUGAAAAGAGUUUCAGUGAGAAUUCUAACCUCAUUGUCCACCAAAGGAUUCACACCGGGGAGAAACCUUAUAAGUGUCCGGAGUGUGACAUCUGUUUCAGUCAACAUUCCAGCCUGGUGCGUCACCGCAGGAAGCACUCUGGGGCACGUCCCUAUAAAUGCGCAGAGUGCGACAAGACAUUUAGCCAGAAGGGGCAUUUGAGUAACCACAUCAGAACACACACUGGAGAGCGGCCAUACAAGUGUGCAGAAUGUGGGAAGUGCUUCAGUGAACAUUCCCACCUCACAGGCCAUCAAAAGAUACACACCGGAGAGCGACCCUAUACGUGUGAUGUCUGCCAGAAGGGUUUCAGUAAAAUUUCAAACCUUAAAGCCCAUCAACAGAUUCACACUGGUUAUCGCCCUUUUGUCUGCACACAGUGCGGUAAGAGUUUUACCCAGCACUCCACUUUGGUCCGACACCAAAGGGUCCACAUAGGGAAAAUGGAAUCAUUUUGGAGAAAGAUGUAUGAGGACUCGGUGGAGACAAGCAAGGAUGUAUCAUGGAAAGACAGUAUUGUAAUGAAGAGUGUAGAAUGUCAACAAACCAUAGAGCCAGAGGAAAUGUCCUGACCAACCGCUUACACCGAGUGUACUGCCUCCUACCUAGUUAGACUAGAAACCCUUAAUCACUGGAGAUCUACCAGUCUCCCACCCAUAAAAACAUUUAUGGCACAAUAAAUGGGUAGGCAUAUAUUUAUUGAAUCACAUUUACUUCUGUUAGUUUUAUGUAAUUUAUUUAUUAUAUGUUUUUACAAUAUUAUUUAUUCAUUUAUAGUGAUUGUCACAGAUUGCUUUUACGAUUUUAGAGGAUGGAGCUAUGUUAUGGACUGUUAAUAGGGCAUCUGCCAGUGGAUAUUAUCGAACCAAAAGUGUAGUAUCAACUAUCAGCAUGCUGUGUAAGCACGUAUGGCAGUGCUACUUCACGGAAAAACAUUCACACGACCGGCUCGGUGAUCGUCCAGCGGGAAGACGGGAUGGGAAGUCUUACUUGAAAGAAACACUAGAGGGUAACAAUUACUCUACUUCUUUAAUGCAAUACACAGAUAACCUGCUUUCUUGGUUCCACUGAACGUUUUAAACCCCACACUACGAUGCCACGACACAAGGGUGCAGACCAUUCUAUUAUUAAAUCAGUUUUUUAAUUUGAGUCUUAUGGGAAUCGUGAUCCAGAAACAAAAGUGAUGAUUCUCAAUACAUAGUGUAAAUGCCUUGAAAAGCAGUGCAUUAUGGUCAUUUUUGCAGACCGCACCCAGCAUUGAAUGUGUUAAUAUGAUGAAUGGUUUACUCCCUUUACGUUAUUUGGCUCUAGUAAAAUGUCACCCAUUUCAUAGUUGAUUACCCAAAGGAUGGUUAGUAAACGAUUCUGAAGCCUCUGUGCGUGAGUUGGUUGCAGAGAGCAAAUGACUGUGCUGUUUUUAUCUGUAAAGCUCAGUAUUCAUCGUGUGUGGAUAAUAUGGAUCCCGUUCUCUGUUGUAUCAGUGUGAGUGGAAUCCAUGUACAAUCCACAUUGCAAAACACAGAAAUAUCUGCUAAUAAUCCUAAUAAACCACCUGAAGAGUCCAGUGUAAAACUAUUGCUCAUCGACAACGAGAACCACUCCUGCCCGGAAUAUCAUUAUAAACCUCAUUCGGGGAAGCAGUAUGAUAUCUGGAGGCCCUGCUUGUUACUAUGUUCGUGCUGUUUUGGGAUCUAUAAAAAGUAUGUUUGACCUCAUCAUUAAUCGCACGGUUUGUAAUAAUACUUCUCCCUCCUGGCUAAAGUCAUGAAUUAUGGGAACCAAAAGACACAUCCUGUCUGCGAGAUUAAUAAAAGAUGGACAAUGGAA